CCUAGAACAGGUGAGAGCAGAUGAAAAGAAAAUCAAUACACAUAUGCAAAAAUCGAAAAAAAGGGUAACAAGCGUGAUUAACAAAUAAAAAACAAACAAAAAAAGGAGAUAGAAACCUGAUGAAAAGGAGAAAGAAACUAAAAUAAAGGAGGGGAAGAAGAUACGAAGGAACAGGCGAGGGGCGGGGCUUAGCCUUGGGGGCGGAGUCAUGUCCACGUGGUGGCCGGGAAGCAGGGAGGGUCGUCUGGUCUCGCCGGGUGGGUGCGAGACACUGUUUCAGUGAGUGUGGAGACUCAGAGGAGAUUCCAUGUGCCUUGACAACGGCUCCUGAGUGUGGCUCGCACUGAGGCCGUAGAGAGAAAAGAUCAGUUAGCGAAAUAAGAGUGAUAUAGCAGCAGAAAAGAGAGAGAGAAAAAAGAAAAAAAACAUAUCCUCUUGUGUGAGUUCGAUGCUUUGACAGUAUUACAAAUGUGAAUUGUGUUGCAAGCUGAAUAUCUAGUGACAGCUUGCUUUGUUGUGUAAAGUCGAAAAGUAACUUUACCAAAACCAAAUAAAAAGAAUCAAUCAACUGCGUUUGGAAUCCGAGGAAGCCACACGCCGUAAGGAACCCUCCAUCUCGCAGAGGACAACACUGCCAUGUGACCCGACCAAUAGGUCUUUUAGGUCAGUAAGGAGGCGUUGACCUACAAAGGACACCGAAGGGUUUGAGGGACACGUCACCGAGACCCUUCUUUAACUUCACCCUUCAAUUUCUCUGACUAAUCUCGCCUGAACUUGAACUUGUAAUACGAACUGAUAAAGCGCAUUGUUAUCUCUGUGAUUUAAGAAGGAAGGAUUGCACACAAAGGCGUGACGUCAGCAGGAACAAUAUGGCCUCUUGACCUUAGUAGGACCUAGCGCCUUUCCUCCGGAUCACGAAGGAAAGUUCCUCUCCCUCCAAGCCAGAGAAAACAACAACAGCUCUUCCUCCUCUCGAAAUGGACUCCAUCUGGUCCACUCGGCGCUACGUGCCCGUCACCGUCGACAUCGACCUCCUGGCGGUGAAGGGCAAGAAGAUCCUCAAAUCCGUGAAGACCAAGAGGGGAAGGCCCCAGCAGAACCCCAGCCUCCAGCAGUGCCUGCAGAAGCACCCUCAGCUGCACGUACAGGUGGACUCCAUGGAGGGCCAACCACUGAAGCACAAUUGCAUCGACCAAAACCCGGUCGUCAUGCCUAUAUCGGCGGGCAUGCCCCGACGGCGCCCUCUGCAGGUGGAGUUCAACGAUGUGAGCCUCACCAUAGGCGAGACGCCCAUCCUCAGCCGGCUGACGGGGAGCUGUAGGCCGGGUGAGGUCCUGGCCAUUAUGGGGCCCUCAGGCUCUGGCAAGACCUCGUUGCUGAACACGAUCAGUGGGCGCCUCCGACCGACCAGCGGCACCAUCUCCAUAGGUGGGGAAGCUCUGAGCAAGCGCCACAAACGUCACAUUUGCUACGUACUUCAGCAAGAUGUGUUCUUCACUGACCUCACACUUAGACAAACGCUUAUGUACACUGCCCUCCUACGACUGCCAGACAGUAUGCCAUACCAGGAGAAAAUGAAUCAUGUGAAUAACAUUCUGGACAUCUUAGACCUUAAACGCUGUCAAAAUACAAUUAUUGGCAACAUGCUAAAGAGAGGUCUUUCUGGUGGAGAAAAGAAGCGAGCAAAUAUUGCCUGUGAACUUCUUACCAAUCCUUCCAUUAUGCUUCUGGAUGAACCUACUUCUGGCCUAGAUUCCAGCACAGCCUAUAGUCUAAUUACAACACUUAAACAGUUUGCUGAGAAAGAGAACAGGACAAUUAUUUUGACUCUUCAUCAACCCUCUUCACAAAUCUUUUACAUGCUUGACAGCUUACUCCUCCUCUGCAAUGGACAGAAUGCAUACUUUGGGGACACAAGAAAAGUCGUUGAACAUUUUUCAAGAAUAGGAUUACCAAUUUCUCCACACUACAACCCAGCAGACUUCAUAUUGGAACUCGUAAAAGGUUCACCAGAAGUACAAGAAAGAGUAAUUCAGGGUGCUAAUUGCCCUGAACGAAGAACUACCUUCAACUUGUCGCAAAACAUUACUAUUCAAACCUCGCCUUCCAUCCACUCACUCUACAGCAAGUACUUAUCAUUACAAGAUGGUCAUACAACUACAGGUAUAGAAGGGGAAGAAUGUCCCUGGGAUGAAGACUGCAAUUGCCAAGACCAGGGAUACCAUGCAAAGUGUCCGCCAGAGGUGUCUGUGACCAUUACUGGAAACAAGAAAGAGACAUCUGUCUUUACUAAAAUGGGUGAGGAAGAGGAUAGUGGGAGAUCUUCGUGGUCAGAGGAGACAGAGAGUGAAGCCUCAGCGCCUAGUUCGUUAAGUGAGGAAUAUGUAGACAGGCAAUGGCCAACUUCCUUCCUCACACAGUUCAAAAUACUUACUCAAAGGAACUUCUGUGUGGCUCGUCCAUUCAUCCUUUCCCGGCUCCACUGGAUCCAAACACUAGUAUUAGCAUUAAUAGCUGGACUCUUGUGGUUCCAAAUACCACGCACAGAAGAAACUAUGCAUGGUAUCCAAGGCUGGAUGUUCUUCUCCACGACCUAUUGGAUGCUGUUCAUGCUCUUUAAUGCUCUCCAAUCUUUCCCAAGCGAGAGAGAAGUGAUAAUGAAGGAACGAUCAAGUGGAUCAUACCGGGUUAGUGCAUAUUACCUUGCCAAGAUGGUGGGGGAGUUGCCACUAACCCUCACACUGCCCAUGUUCUACAUGCUCAUAUCCUACCCCAUGAUGAGAGGAAUACAUGUCUUAACAUUCACCAAGCAGCUAUUUGUGCUCCUUCUCAAUACUUUAGUUGCUCAGAGCAUGGGUCUCCUCAUAGGAGCCAUAUGCAUGGACUUACAAGUAGCCAUCACAGUGUCUGCGUUAUUUACACUCUUCUCGCAGUUAUUUGCGGGUUACUUAUCUAAGAUUCCUCCCUGGCUCAAGUGGGCUGAAUACCUUUCGAUGGUUCAUUAUGCCUUCCAAAACAUGAGUAUUAUAGAAUUUACAGAUGGAACUCCAGUCAGAUGCUCGAAAGAAAACUCAAGAUUCGAGAGCUGUAAAGGUGACAACAUUACGUAUAUUAGUGUGUCAGACAUUCAGAAGGAAACUGGAGGCAGUCUAUGGCUCAACACCUCAAUCCUUAUUUUGUUCAUGUUAUUAGCAAGACUGCUCACGUACCUCAUGCUCAGAUUCCUCCACCGUCCAAAAUAG